AUGCAGCGAGGGAACAGCUUCCAGGGAGUUCUAGCCGAGUUCAACUCCAUCAGCGUGGACAAGUUCAACACUGGCGCGUCCACCUUUCUUUUGACACAUUUUCACGCGGACCACUUGGCAGGCCUAGAUGCAAAAUCGUUCUGCAAGAAGGUAUACUGUACUCCUACAACCAGGGCAUUGCUAGCGCUUAAUCCCGCGUAUCACCACAUUCUUCUGUACGUGAUUCCGUUGGAUUACGGAAAGCACUCCAUUUCUGUAAAUGGCCUACCUAUCGAGCUAACCUUGAUCCAGUCGUACCAUUGUCCUGGAUCAACCAUGUUUUUAGUUGAGGACAAGGUGAAGGCGGUCUUGAUCACAGGAGAUAUCCGUGCUGAGUCCUGGUGGGUCCAGGGACUCGCAAAAAACCCGUAUCUUUUUCAGUAUACGACUGGCUUGAAGGUGCUUGCCAAUAUCUAUCUAGAUACUACCUUCUCAUACAGAGGAGAGCCCUAUAUCGAGAUGUCCGACAACAACGAUGGCAUCAAUGGAGUGAUCCAGAUGUUACGGUCGUAUCCACAGGACGACGAGGAAAUCCAGUUCUUUUUCAUGGAUACCACCAGUGGCUUCGAAGAGGCCUGGGCGAAAAUAGUCCCUCUCUUCCUGGGAUCCUUGACGCUAGGGGCUGACCUAAGGGCCAGAAUAAGUGCAUUGUGCCAACAGAAUGACUCCAGUGCCCAGAUUCUUUCUCAAUCGAUUGGAAAGACCCAUUAUCCUCGAUUCCAUGUGAUUGCAAAAGCCGGAAACCACAAGCCCAAUUUUGCAGUCACAAUAAAACAAUGCAUCGAUUUCAACAUUUCAGACAUGGCAGGCAUCCUCUUUCCCAUUCCCGUUAACAGCCUUACUGAAACGGAGCGGGCCACCUUGCGGUUGGUGCAUUCUACAGCGAAAGGAAACGAGAUAUACCGCUUCAAAAACCGGCUCUGGAUAUUGCCGAAGGGAGGUUCCGAAUAUCUUCCUAAAGAGAUCAAGCUUGUAUUUUCGCGACAUCUGUCUUUCUCAGAGUCCCGAAAGCUUGUGAGUUUGUUUCGUCCGAAAGAAGUGUAUCCUUGUUGCGAAUCCAAAACGACGUGGUUGUCAGGAUUUUCCGUAGAAAGAAUAUUUGGAGAUUUAUGCAUCAGCAGGGAGUUCAAGUAUGACCUCAUGAUGUUCAACAAGUUCGGGAGGCCCUCUUUGCAAAUUCAGGAGAGACCUGUCAUGACUAUCAACAGGUGGAGUUUCGAGGAA